CAAAAUUUUUAAAAGAUUGGCUGGAGUCAGUUUAUCUUUAUUGUUUAUAGUCUUGAUUGCAGUGCUCUGCAUUGUCUUUAAUAUGCCACAUAUAAAACAAAUAGACGCGGAUACGGAGAUUUGUCUUCAUAGUAAUGACAAAAAAAUAGAAUGUGGCAAAACAACAAGAUUACUACAAGAACUCUUUGAAAAGGAAAUUGCAUCUGCAUAUGCUGCAGCUGAGAAACAGGACAAUAUUCAAGCUCAAAAAUACGUACAAGAUGUCUCAAAACACGACGUACAGCUAUUGACAAACUACAAAAACACACUGUGGUACAAAAAGCCAUAUGCAAAAGUUCUAGGCAAUAGCGAGGAACAAGAGCAUGUGAACGGUACUUGUAAUAAUGCAAUGGUAACGGUCACAUGCUGGCGUCACGACACAGACAUUUAUCAAACAACAGGUCUUCAGAGAUACGGAAUAAGGUUCCAAAAUGGCCGUUUAAUUGUCUCUGUAAGCGGUACUUACUACAUAUACUCGUUCCUAGGUCUUACAGAACAACGUCUAACGGACGAAGGAAUCCCCGUAGAUUCAACCAAAACGCAAGAAAUAAAACAUGCAAUGCAUAAAUAUAGCGUUAUUGAUGACGAUGACAUGGAAAUCGCAUCAAAUGUGCAGUCUCGUAAAAACACUUCACGAGGUAAUGUUAUUUACUACGUGAGUCAUAUAGCAACAUCGGCCUACCUUCACGCUGGUGAUGAAAUAUCAGUUAAGAUAAGCGAUGGUACACUUUUGAAACAAACUGGGAGUAACUACUUUGGCCUGCAUCUAGUAUGAUGCAUCCGGCAUUGGGGAUUUGUCCACGUCGCGUUCGUGUAAUGGCAGUUUUCUGAUCGACGGUCCAUGUGUAAAACGCGAAAGCAUUGAACUAAUUGUACGGACAAGUGUACUUUGAAACAUGCAUCACUUUUAACUUUUUAUGUUACAUUAUACUAAAAGGGACUAGACACCAGAUGGUCCCAAAAUCUGCAAAUACAGCUUUGCCUAGAAAGACAGCCUAAAACUGUCAAAACGAGCUAUUAUAACGCCGAUACUAAUAUUUUUACACGAUUUAAAGAAACAACGCAACACAUAUGUGAUCCAACGAGACAUCUCCGAUGAAUUUCCCCGUUUAGAGAUGGAGCGGAAUGGUUUUCUCGUGUAAGAAUAGUGCGGACUGAUUUUUUUUCAAACACCUUGUAAGUCACGUGGUCACACACAUAGGUUUCAAAAAGCGUUUCAGCCAACUCGCUGUCAUCCUAAGCACUUCAAAAGAUUCCAGCUAUCAAUUCCAUCAACGAUGUUGAUCAGUCAGGCUAUGUGCCUGCAUUUUUUGGCAGCUCUUUUCCGUUCAUAGUACUUUCCGUAGUUUUGGUAAUCUAUGACGUUUUUUUUUAUAUUAAGCGUGUGAAAUUCAGGUGAUGCGUGGCGACAAACAUACCGACGCUUUUUCUAAAACUUCCUGGGUAGACAAACGGAAUACAUUUUGAAAAAAAAAUACAAUCUGCGAGAGAUGUAUCGUAAGCGACGUGAUUCGCCAGUACGUCAGAUUAAAUUCGUUUUACAUAACGAUAUCUAUUUUAUGUAAGUUUUUGACGAUUGUUUUUCUUGCAAUUGUAUCAUCGGAUGUCUAGUUAAACUACAUUGCUUACAUUUUUGCUAUAGUUGUCUUGUGUUUUUCAGUGUUAAAUUUGAUGUGCUGAUAUUAAAAUGUAUUUUCAGGAUAUGAAAUGGCACACCUACAUUGCUAGUUAAUUUCAUAACACGAAAGUCGUUAGUAUGCAACAGCUGAUUCAAAAAUACAUCUAUCUUUACAUAAUAAACUAUGAAAUAGAACGUUCUCAAUCAUCGCACAU